CUUUUUAUUAAUAUCUGCUUCGCCCUCUUCCUGCGGCUGUGGUCUGACAUUCAUCAGCUCGAGGCAUCACCCGUAAACAGCAACGAAUCAUUAGCUUACCGAAGCGUCCUAGACAGCCCUGACGACCCGCUAUUCGGGUUCUAUAGAACGCCGAAAUUGGUGGCUGCGGACCUCCAACGGGUUCUCCGCUCUGUUAAUAUUCGCCAUCUAACAACCGCUGGAAGCUGGUCUUCUGGAAGAACUUUAUUCAUUCAAUACACGGCGUUUCCUUACGAUAUUCACUAUUCGCAUGUUGCGUUAAAUUCCACUCCGCCCCCUUCGACUCCUUGAAAUCGCACAGGUAACGCGCGUCGCGCUGACGGCUGACAAACGCCACUGCUGGAACAGCAUCUGUAACGCAUAAUAGAGGCAGUUGCAUCGCGACACGACCCAGGCAAAAUGGCUCCGACAGCUGCGAAUGGCGCGACGGCGCACAUGGCGACAACGACACUGAGGGUCGAGGGCAUGACAUGUGGCGCAUGCACGUCAGCGAUCGAGUCGGGCUUCACAGGUGUAGCAGGAGUAGGAAACGUGUCGAUAAGCUUGGUUAUGGAGCGCGCAGUCAUACAACACGACCCAAACGUAAUCACGACGGAACAGAUCAGGGAGAUCAUUGACGACCGGGGGUUCGACGCUGAAGUGCUGUCAACGGACAUUCCAAUGACGCCGAGCGCUGACGACCACUUUCUGAGCGAUUCGGAAGACGAAGACGAGGACGUGAACACUCGCAUAUCGACCACCACUCUCUCAGUUGGGGGAAUGACCUGCGGCGCAUGCACGUCUGCCGUUGAAGGUGCCUUCAAGGAUGUCGCAGGGAUCAAAUCUUUCAGCAUUUCCCUGCUCUCCGAGCGCGCCGUUAUCGAACACGACACGACCAUAAUACCAGCAGACAAACUGGCCGAGACAAUAGAAGACGUUGGCUUUGAUGCUGAGGUGCUGGACACCGUAGCUGCUGCGCCAGCAUCCAAGAAGCACAAGGGGCAGAAGAAGCAAAAGACGCUCACGACGACUCUCAGCGUCGAGGGAAUGACAUGCGGCGCCUGCACAUCAGCUAUUGAGGGUGGAUUCAAAGACGUUGAAGGCGUGUAUCAAUUCAACAUCAGUUUGCUGGCGAAUCGCGCAGUGCUCGUACACGAUCCCUCGAAACUCACGGCGGAGCAAAUAGUGGAAAUCAUCGACGACCGCGGGUUCGAUGCUGCGGUGAUAUCGUCGGUAGAUGGCAGCGUGGCGCAAUCAUCAGGGAACAACGGGCUUGUACAUUUCAAGGUCUACGGGUUACCCAACGCAUCAGCUGCUGAAGAGCUGGAGGCGCUCUUGAGGAAACGAUCCGGUAUCACAACUGCGACCGUGAAUUUCUCAACUUCGAGAGCAACUAUCCAGCGCGAACCACAGAUCGUUGGACUUCGAGCGUUAGUCGAAGUCAUCGAAGAAGCGGGGUACAACGCCCUGGUGGCAGACUCGGAGGACAACAACGCUCAGCUUGAGUCUCUUGCCAAGACUAAGGAGAUUCAAGAAUGGAGACGAGCCGUCGUUUUCUCGGCGUGGUUCGCUGUUCCGGUGUUUCUCACCAGCAUGUUUAUACCCAUGUUUUUGCCUUUCCUUGACUACGGCAGUAUUCGCAUUAUACCCGGUCUGUUCCUUGGAGAUAUCGUCUGUCUCGCUCUUACUAUCCCUGUCCAGUUUGGUAUUGGAAAGCGCUUCUAUGUUUCUGCGUACAAAUCACUGAGCCACGGCUCACCCACCAUGGAUGUCUUGGUCGUCCUGGGAACCUCCGCGGCCUUCUUCUUCAGCAUCGCGUCGAUGCUCGUGUCUCUCUUCGUACCGCCUCAUUCGAAACCUACAACUCUAUUCGACACCAGCACUAUGCUGAUUACCUUCAUUAGCUUGGGUCGAUACCUAGAAAAUAGCGCCAAGGGCCAAACCUCCAAGGCGCUUUCGAACCUCAUGUCGCUGGCUCCGUCUAUGGCCACCAUUUAUGCCGAUCCGAUCGCAGCUGCCAAGGCCGCCGAAGGCUGGGAUUUCGAUGAGAAGUCUGGACGCGCUUCCGUGGACGGCAAUGCCGCUGAAGAAAAGGUCAUCGCCACAGAGCUCAUCGAGGUCGGCGACGUUGUCAUCCUUCGACCUGGUGACAAGAUCCCCGCCGAUGGUACGGUUACUCGUGGCGAAUCUUAUGUCGAUGAAAGCAUGGUUACCGGUGAAGCGAUGCCCAUUCUCAAGAAGAAAGGAGCGCUGCUUAUGGCCGGCACUGUCAAUGGCCAUGGUCGUGUGGAGUUUGUUGUUACACGGGCAGGCCGCGACACUCAGCUCAGUCAGAUCGUUCGCCUGGUUCAAGAAGCUCAGACAAGCCGUGCUCCGAUUCAGCGACUUGCUGACACUGUUGCUGGCUACUUCGUUCCUAUAAUUAUCACUCUUGGCCUCGCCACCUUUGUCACUUGGAUGAUCCUCAGCCACGUACUCCCAUACCCGCCGAAAAUGUUCUUGGACCACGCCUCUGGCGGUAAAAUCAUGGUCUGUGUCAAGCUUUGCAUUGCUGUCAUUGUGUUUGCAUGCCCGUGUGCGCUCGGUCUUGCCACUCCUACCGCAGUUAUGGUGGGUACUGGCGUUGGUGCGGAGCAGGGUAUCCUCGUCAAAGGUGGUGCUGCUUUGGAAACUGCUACCAAGAUCAGCCACGUUGUGUUCGACAAGACUGGCACGCUCACCGUCGGUAAGAUGAGCGUUUCCAAGGCUGACAUCCAGGGCGAAUGGGCAAGCAAGAAGAACCUCUGGUGGACACUCAUUGGUCUGGCCGAGAUGGGCUCCGAGCAUCCCAUCGCCAAAGCCAUCGUCCUCGCUGCCAAAGACAACCUUCGCCUUGGACCUGAUGGCAUCCUUGACGGCUCUGUAGGCGACUUCGAAGCCGUCGUCGGCAAGGGUAUCUCCGCAAACGUUGAAGCAGCCCUCUCCCGCGAGCGCACACGCUACAGAGUCCUUAUCGGAAACGCAACAUAUCUUCUCUCCGAGGGCGUUAACGUCCCUUCCGUUAUCGAUGAGCCCUCAAUGUCUUCCAUCUCGCUCAACCCCCAAGCACGAUCCGCCGGCAUAACCACAAUCCACACCGCCAUCGGCACAACCUACACCGGCACACUCAGCCUUUCCGACACCAUCAAGCCCUCUGCCCGCGCCGCCGUCCUCGCCCUCACCCGCCUCGGCAUAACAUCUUCGAUCGUGACCGGUGACACAUCAGCCUCCGCUCUCGUCGUCGCAGCCGCAGUCGGAAUCGACGCAGCAGACGUGCACGCCUCAGCCACGCCUUCUGACAAAAAGUCUAUGGUCGCCGACUUACAAUCGCGCGGCUACGUAAUCGGCAUGGUCGGCGACGGCAUCAACGACUCGCCCGCCCUCGCCUCAGCAGACAUUGGCAUCGCGCUCUCCACAGGCACAGACGUAGCCAUGGAAGCCGCCUCCAUCGUGCUAAUGUCGAACGCGGACCUGCUCGCCAUCCCCGCCAGCCUCGUCCUCUCCCGCGCAAUCUUCCGCCGCAUCAAGAUCAACCUCGCGUGGGCCUGCAUGUACAACCUCAUCGGUCUGCCAUUCGCAAUGGGCUUCUUCCUCCCCUGGGGCCUCAGCCUGCAUCCCAUGGCUGCCGGCGCCGCUAUGGCGUGCUCCAGUGUCAGCGUCGUCGCGAGUAGUCUGCACCUCAAGUUCUGGACUAGGCCGAAGUGGAUGAAGGUCAGCGUUUUGGAUCCCUCCGCUGAGGUCCCGCAGAGUGAGGUCGAGGCUGAACUUCAGAGGGCCGGGCGUAAGGGCGUGUGGGGAACUGCGAGGGAGUGGGUUGUUGAGGCGUGGGAGGCGAGGCGUAGGAAUAAGGAGGAGGGGGCGAAGUAUGUCCCGUUGAGGGAUUUGGGCGAGCAUUGAGUACGGGUUGGAGGGUGAGGAGGUUUUCUCGUCUCGUGUGUUUGUGUGUUUAGGAUACCAUUGUUGCUGUUCUUUUCUUUUCUUUUUCGCUUUUUCGACUUUAUGUUGUGUUGUCAGAUGGUUGUUUUACGUAUACAUAUAUAUUUACCAUCCUAUAUCGACAAGUCAACACGCAAGUGACAAAACACUUUGAAACUAGGUCAUUUUAGCACAACGAGUACGGCUUCACCACUUAGCGACGCUUUACACAAUCUAGA